CCCCGUGCCUCCAUCUGCGCGAAACUGAUUACCUUUGAUACAAGUAAUGUCAUAAUUUAUAAAAAACAAAACUUUAAGCUUUAUAACUCUUCUUUUACGAAGGCAUAUGUUCUCCUCUCAUGUUAAUAUGCCGCAUAAAAUGAAUAUGUUAAAAAUAAUAUAACCGUGUUAUAUUUUCCAUCUCAUGCAUGCUUAAUCGAUGACACAAUGUUAAUGUCACCCACAUUUUCUGACGUGGGCCUAUCUGUAUGGGAGAUUUGGAGUAUACCACUAGAUAAAUUUGAUAUUUUAAAAAAAUAAUAAAGUUAAAUAAACAGCAAGUCAGGAAGAUGUGCAGUUGGUGUUGCUUAAGGGGUGGUAGCGUCAAAAUAUUUUUUUCGAUAAUCUCAUUUCUCAACGCAUGUGUAUUUUCAGUAAAUAUUACCAGAGUAAAAAUUAUGUGUUGAUAAUGCAUUUUGAAAUUAAUAUCUUAAAAAAGAAACUAAAUUCUUAAAGUUAAUUUAGUUCCUCAAUCGACGUUGUGCUCUAACAUCUCCCAGUCUCCCCCCCCUCUUAUCAUGUUUUAACAUCUCGCAUUCUCCCCCUCUUAUCAUGCUUUAACAUCUCGCAUUCUCCCCCUCUUAUCAUGCUUUAACAUCUCGCAGUCUUCCCCUACUAUCAUGCUUUAACAUCUCACAGUCUCCCCUUCUUAUCAUGCUCUAACAUUGCAGCAGUCUCCCUCUCUUAUCAUGUUUUAACAUCUUCCUGUCUCCCCCUCUUAUCAUGCUUUAACAUUUCGCAGUCUCCCCUUCUUAUCAUGCUCUUCCAUUGCAGCAGUCCCCACGCUCUUAUCUUGCUUUAACAUCUCCCAGUCUCCCCCUAUUAUCAUGCUCUAAGAUCCUCCAGUCUCCCCCUUUUAUCAUGCAUGCUCUAACAUCUCCCAGUCUCCCCCUUUUAUCAUGCAUGCUCUAACAUCUCCCAGUCUCCACCUCUUAUCAUGCUCUAAGAUCUUCCAGUCUCCCUCUUUUAUCAUGCAUGCUCUGACAUCUCCCAGUCUCCCCCCUUAUCAUGCUCUAACAUAUCCCAGUCUCCCCCCCUCUUAUCAUGCUUUAACAGUCUCUUAGUCUCCCCCUAUUAUCAUGCUCUAAGAUCCUUCAGUCUCCCCAUUUUAUCAUGCAUGCUCUAACAUCUCCCAGUCUCCCCCUCUUAUCAUUCUCUACCAUUACAGCAGUCUCCCCCUCUUAUCAUUUUCUACCAUUGAGCAUUCUCCCCAUGUUAUGAUGUUCUACCAUGGCAGCAUUUUCCACCUCUUACCAUGAUCUAUAAUUGCAGCAUUCUCCCCCUGUUAUGAUGUUCUACCAUUGCAGCAUUCUCCACCUCUUACCAUGAUCUAUCAUUGCAGCAUUCUCCCCCUGUUAUGAUGUUCUACCAUUGCAGCAUUCUCCCCCUGUUAUGAUGUUCUACCAUUGCAGCAUUCUCCACCUCUUACCAUGUUCUAUCAUUGCAGCAUUCUCCCCCUGUUAUGAUGCUCUACCAUUGCAGCAUUCUCCCCCUGUUAUGAUGCUCUACCAUUGCAGCAUUCUCCACCUCUUACCAUGUUCUAUCAUUGCAGCAUUCUCCCCCUGUUAUGAUGCUCUACCAUUGCAGCAUUCUCCCCCUGUUAUGAUGCUCUACCAUUGCAACAUUCUCCACCUCUUACCAUGUUCUAUCAUUGCAGCAUUCUCCCCCUGUUAUGAUGCUCUACCAUUGCAGCAUUCUCCCCCUGUUAUGAUGCUCUACCAUUGCAGCAUUCUCCCCCUCUUAUCAUUUUCUACCAUUGAGCAUUCUCCCCCUGUUAUGAUGUUCUACCAUGGCAGCAUUUUCCACCUCUUACCAUGUUCUAUCAUUGCAGCAUUCUCCGCCUGUUAUGAUGCUCUACCAUUGCAGCAUUCUCCACCUCUUACCAUGAUCUAUCAUUGCAGCAUUCUCCCCCUGUUAUGAUGCUCUACCAUUGCAGAAGUCUCCCCCUGUUAUCAUGUUCUAACAUUGCAGGGGCAAAAGUUUGCACGCGCCUGAAACGCUGCGGCUCAGAUGCCGACUGUUUCAGUCCAAACGGCUGCUGUGUGUACAAUAUCUACGCCACUGCUGACGUGACCAGCCCCCCGGCACCUGACUACUACAAGUACCCGCCCAGCUCUAAACCUGGUCAGAUCGUGCCGCCGCUGGUUGGUGUCUGUCUGCCAGCAUUUAGUUUAGACAACCGUAUGUCUUUUAAUAUUUUAGUUUGGUUUCAUUUUAUUUUCUUAAACGCCUGCCAUGCUUUAGAAAUUAAAACACAGUUUAGGACAAAACCUGAAGAAGGAUAAAACAAGACAGCAGACAUUUAGGCUGAAAAUCAGCAGCGGCAGAAAAGGACAACAUAAUAAAGAUAGAUAAGGACAGGCAAGGAAAACACAACUUGGCUUGAUUUGGAGUCGACCAGAAAUAAUUCAAAUCUAACAGUAGACAAGGAAUAGUCUCUGAGUAACCAUCUAAUUAAGGAUGACGAUUAUUGCUUGAACAAGAAUGCAGUCCCCUCCCCUUUUAUCCCAAUAACAUACUAUCAUACAUGAGGUUUGCUUGGUGAACACUUUGACCGUCUUGGGCGGCAAAACCAUUGACUGGACCGAUGGGUGGAGGGGGGGGCAGUAACCCACUAGGUUAUCAGCACGAAAAAUAUAGCUAAUAAAAGUUUUAAAUAUUUAAAUAAACACUGUAGCAGAUUGUAAUGUCUUCUUAUCAUGAAAUUAAGGUUAGAUAUAUAUUUAAUAAUUUCGUAUCUAUUUUUUCAGCCUGCGCUGUUUCAAUAGAUCCACUGAGUACCAAUUGUCCAUGUUUAACUGGAUUAACCUGCCAACCAGAUGUGCCUGGCUCAAUAAUUGGUAGAGACAUUUAUCGCUGUGCUAGUCUAUUCCACUCUGUCUAUCAUUGUUAUAGUAUAUUCCACCGUUUCUAACAUUGUGCCAGUCUAAUCCACUGUUUCAAACAUUGUGCCAGUCCAUACCACUGUUUCUUGUAUUGUCAUAGCCUAUUCCACUGUUUCUAUCAGUGUGCUAGUCUGUUCAACUGUUUCUUUUAUUAUGCUAGUCUGUUCAACUGUUUCUUUUAUUAUGCUAGUCUGUUCAACUGUUUCUUUUAUUAUGCUAGUCUGUUCAACUGUUUCUUUUAUUAUGCUAGUCUGUUCAACUGUUUCUUUUAUUAUGCUAGUCUGUUCAACUGUUUCUUUUAUUAUGCUAGUCUGUUCAACUGUUUCUUUUAUUAUGCUAGUCUGUUCAACUGUUUCUUUUAUUAUGCUAGUCUGUUCAACUGUUUCUUUUAUUAUGCUAGUCUGUUCAACUGUUUAUUUUAUUAUGCUAGUCUGUUCAACUGUUUAUUUUAUUAUGCUAGUCUGUUCAACUGUUUCUUUUAUUAUGCUAGUCUGUUCCACUGUUUCUAUCAGUGUGCUAGUCUGUUCAACUGUUUCUUUUAUUAUGCUAGUCUGUUCAACUGUUUCUUUUAUUAUGCUAGUCUGUUCAACUGUUUCUUUUAUUAUGCUAGUCUGUUCAACUGUUUCUUUUAUUAUGCUAGUCUGUUCAACUGUUUCUUUUAUUAUGCUAGUCUGUUCAACUGUUUCUUUUAUUAUGCUAGUCUGUUCAACUGUUUCUAAAAUUGUUUUAAUAUUUUUAUCUAUUUCUAUUACUGUGCAAUUCAAUUCUACUGUUUCUCUAAGUGUGCUAGUCUAUUCCACUGUUUCUAUUAAUGUGCUAGUCUAUUCCACUGUUUCUAUUAUUGUGCUAGUCUAUUCCACUGUUUCUAUUACUGUGCAAUUCAAUUCUACUGUUUCUCUAAGUGUGCUAGUCUAUUCCACUGUUUCUAUUAUUGUGAUACUAUAUUCCACUGUUUCUAUUAUUGUGCUAGUCUAUUCCACUGUUUCUAUUAUUUUGCUAGUCUAUUCCACUGUUUCUAUUAUUGUGCUAGUCUAUUGCACUGUUCAUAUUAUAAUGAUAGUUUUGUGUCACGUAUCCUCCUUCGAUUGGUUUCUUUCAUCAACAUCUUUUACUCGCCAUAAGUCGCCAUAAGUCGUAAUCACAGGGCAUUGAACACAAGUCUUUUUACAUUAGCAAUGUCAACUCGGGUCUAGAAACAUAUCUAUCAGGCUGUACAAUGAUCAAACACAUGCAUAAACGCAGCUUGCUAAAAGGAGAAGUAAUGCAAAACCAUUCACUACAAAGUCCUUUUUUAAAAAACUGCUGAACUGUAAUGCACGUGCGUCAAGGGCAGUAAACAAUGUAUACAGAUGAUAUUCAGAGCUCAAGCGACACCUUUCCGAUCAUAAAUUUUUCUGAUGAUACCACCAUCGUUGGCUUAACGAGGGAGAAGGCUUAUACCGCAGUUUAAUUUUAAGCUUGAUCAAUUGGUGCGAUGAAAUUUUUUUCAAACUGAAUGUCUCAAAAACAAAGAAAAUGGUUGUUGAUUUCAGGAGAUGAAAAAACCAGAUUACAGAUCUCAACAUAAAAAUCAAAGUGUAGAGAAAGUAGAGGCAUAAUAUAAGUACUUAGGACCCACCAUUAAUAAUAAGCUAACAAUGCAUGAGCACAGCCAUAUGCUGUAAAAGAAAUUCAACCAAAGACUGUUCUACCUCAAAAAACUGUACAAUUUCGACGUAAACAAACAAGUCGUUAGCUUAUUCUGCAGUGCAACAAUUGGAAGCCUGCUUAAUUUCAGUAUUACCUGCUGGUGAGGGAAUUCAUCGUCUGAUAUUAAACACCGAAAUAAACAGACUAAUCAAGAAAGCUAGGAACAUAACACACACUAAACAUCCUUCACUUGAAGUACUAUUUGAAGAAAGAUGUUUUUUCUAACAAUAAACACAUUUUGCAUGCUACAUCCCACCCUCUUCAUGACAGAUAAGUAGGGUCGCCCUUUGGGGACGAAUUCUCUCUCUCAGGGCGAGGACUGAAAGAUAUAAAAAUUCUUUUGUUCCCCAAUCUGUACGAAUUUACCAGCGUGCUCCCCCUGAAGUCACACAUCUUAAUGAGAACUCAUUAGUCCCUAGUAUGACCAAGGGAAUUUCUGAAGGGCUGGGUUUCUUUUUCACUAGUAAUAAAACUUAAUGUAGAUGUCUUGUGUUUAAAUUGUUUUAUUUAUGUGCUGAAAAUGUACAAUGCAAUGAAAAAACAUUUCCAUUUGUUUGGACCAAUGAAAGAAUCUCAUCUUAUCGUAAAUCUCAAAACACGCCACGCGCAAUAAAGGACACUUUUCCUUGCGCAACAUUUACUAGUGAACACCCAUACUCGACACCAGUCCAGCCCAGUUGUUUUAUAUCAAUGAGGUAGUCUAUUCAUCUUUUCCUUGGACAGCGCUAGUGUUUUCCAUUGUUUAUAUUAUCGUGCUGGUCUAUUCCACUGUUUCUAGGUUUAGUACUUGUCUGUCUCUAAGACACAUUUCACCAUGUCAUUGUUUGCUGAAUAUGUACAUAUGUAUACCUUUUAAUGUGUCCAUUUUAUUUGUUACAGGAACGUGUGUUGAUCCAGCUGGACUGAUAGUGGUAGAUCAAUAAGCAUCGCCAUCACAGGCAAAAACCCCAUUUGAUUUAGAU